UUACUCUGAUUCUUGCUCAGACUGACAAACAAGGAAUUACCCUUUUGCUCUGUCCUCUUGUUCAACUUAGAAUGCCACUGAGCAACCAUCAUUGGUAAUUGUGUACUUUGGUGGUAAUGAUUCUCUUCUUCCGCAUCCAAGUGGCCUUGGUCAGCAUGUACCUCUCCAAGAAUACAUUGAAAAUAUGAGAAAGAUUGCUGUCCAUCUCAAGAGCCUUUCAAAGAAGACUCGCAUUAUAUUUCUCAGUGCCCCUCCUGUCAACGAGGCACAAAUUUAUAGAAACAGUUUACCGGGGCAGCGAUUAAGGACAAAUGAAUCCUGUCGAGUAUACUCAGAAGCAUGUUUGGAGCUCUGUCGCGAGAUGGAUAUCAAGGCAAUUGAUCUGUGGUCUGCACUCCAGAAAAGGGAUGACUGGAGAGAUGUUUGCUUCACGGAUGGAGUUCAUCUGACUUGUGAGGGGAGCAACAUAGUGGCAAAAGAG